AUGGAUGUUGAAACACCAUUCACGGCAUUGGCUCCACCAGUGUUUGAUGGCGAAGGUUACCAUGUGUGGGCAGCGAAGAUGGAAGCCUAUCUAGAGGCAAACGAUUUAUGGGAAGCUGUGGAGGAGGAUUAUGAACUUCUCCCCUUACCUGCAAAUCCAACAAUGGCGCAGAUCAAGUCUCAUAAGGAGAAGAAAUCAAGAAAAUCCAAGGCAAGAGCUUCAUUAUUUGCUGCUGUUUCUUCUGAUAUUUUUCUCAGGAUCAUGGCGAUGAAAUCAGCGUUUGAAGUUUGGAAUUUCUUGAAAGGGGAGUAUGAAGGAAAUGAAAGAAUUAAAGGAAUGAAAGUUCUAAAUCUGAUCAGGGAGUUUGAGGUCCAACACAUGAAGGAAUCGGAGACGGUGAAGGAAUAUUUUGACAAACUGCUCAAAAUAGCAAAUCACGUAAGAUUACUUGGAUCUGAUUUUCCUGAUUCUAGAAUAGUUCAAAAAGUUCUUGUCACCAUUCCUGAGAGGUUUGAAGCUACUAUUGCCUCCUUGGAAAACUCUAAAGAUCUGUCAAAAAUUAGUUUGACAGCAUUGAUGAAUGCAUUACAGGCACAAGAACAGAGAAGGAUGAUGAGGUCCGAAGGGUCUGUCGAAGGUGCAUUAGCUGCAAAGGCUAGCUCGAGUUAUGGGGGAAAAGCAAAGAAAUUUGAAAGCUAUAAGAAAGGAAAUUCAAGUUUUGAUUCUCCAACAAAGUCUUAUUUCUCUCCAUGUAAACAUUGUGGAAGAGAAAAUCAUCCACCGUGGAAGUGUUGGAGAAAACCAGACCAGCAAUGUGAAAAAUGCUUGAAAAUGGGGCAUCAUCAAAAAAUCUGCAAAAGCAACAGUCAACAAAAGACGGUGACACAAGAGAAUGUGCAACAAAAGAAUGUUGCUCAAGUUGCUGAUGAAGAAGAGCAGCAGCUUUUUGUAGCCACCUGCUUUGCAGCCUCUAAUUCAAAUGAGAAGUGGCUAAUUGACAGCGGUUGCACUAAUCAUAUGACAUUUGAUCGUGAUCUCUUCAAGGAAUUGGAUACUUCCAUUGUUUCUAAAGUGACGAUUGGCAAUGGAGAAAAAAUUGCAGUCAAAGGAAAAUGA